AUGGCCGAAGUAUUGCAAAUGACUUGUCGCAUUUGCGUCCGCCGCUUCGCCGAAACGGAGAUGGUCCAGAUAUGGCCAUGUCUGCAUAUGUUCUGUGGAAAGUGUAUCGACAUUCAUCGCAAGUUCUCCAAGGUAUGUUUUACUAUUUCCAACAUAUCUGUAUAUCUUUUUGGCAUUCUUCAUUUUUUAAAACUAUUUUUUAAAUAAAAAUGAACUUACAAGGAAAGUGCCCUGCUCGCUCUGAUUGACUUUAAAUUUUUAUGUAGAUAGACCAUGUCAAUAUAAGAUCUUCAGCAAAGUAAUAAAUCGCCACCCAGUCAAUCUCCAGAAAAUCAAAACUAAAAAGUAACGUUUUGAAUGAGCUGAUUCUCAGCGGGCAGUUUGGGUACUUUCCUGUGAGAUAUGUACGACUUGAGGUACAAACUGUAAACAGCCUGUAGGUGUGCGUUACGUAUCUUUGGUACACGAUAGAAAUUGAUUUCAGCUGUGCCCGGCCGCGGAUUGCUGUUGUUUAAUCAAAGUUAGCGACGAUCUCAAGUGGAAUAUGUGCGACAACCAGAUAUGUUCACGUCGCUUGUCGCCACCCAUCGAUUUGUUCAAAAUGAGCGUUUGUCAACAUGAAAUUUGGUAAGAUUUUCGCUUUUCUUGCUAGAAUAGCUUUUUUAGAGUUCUAAUAUGAAUAAAAAAGUCAUUUUUGUUGAUAAGAAUAUAUUUAAAAAGUUAAUUUUUAUAAAAAAAUCUUGAUUUGUUACCUAAAAUAUUUUUCAAAAUACAUAAAAAAUCCAUAAAAACAAACAAAACACCUACUAUAAUAUAUUCUGCAGCGUUCAAUGCUACAAUGAUGCUUCAAGAAAAGAGCCCCAACUUUGUCCGGUCGAUAAAUGUGGCCAAGCCCUGAUAGAGGAAGACGAUGGAGAAUGUGAUGGACAAUGUCAUAAACAGCACGAGGCAGACAAACUGGUCGUUACCCAAUGUUGCCAAGCCAAAUACUGUCAUCCCUGUUACCAGAAGCUGAUUGGCGACGAAAAUGCCAAAAUUGAUCCUAGUAAGCGAUGGGACUGUUGCCUAAAUUAGUAAUUUUAGUUUAAAAAAGUUACGGUAGCUUUUAUGGGGUACUGUAAUUUAAUUUUAACUAUGUAGGUAUUACUUUAUAGUACAAAUUAGAGUAUGAAGUGUAGAGUAGGAAUAAGUAUGAAAUUAUAGAAACCUGUAAAUGCCCUCCAGGCAAAUGUGUGGACAAAGAACAGAAGAAGAAGCCGGCUCGCCAUAAGAGCAACGUGCCAACCGCCCUAACCAAGUGUAUGGGCUACGCAGAGUGCAACGGUGAAGCGCUGAGGAACUUCCCUUCGGAACAAGAGUGUGAUCAUGAAGUUUGUCUGAAUUGUCUCGACAAGGCUAUCGCUCAAUGUGCUUUGACUGGUGGGUUACUGUAUCGUACUGUAGCGUAAUUUUAUUUGCUUCAGUAUACGAUAGAAAGUGUCUUUAGGAUUUUCAUGGUACUGUGUAUCUACAUAAACGUUACUGUAUAUCUACAGUAUACCUACAGGAAUAUUUUUCCAAAAAUUUACUUUGCGGUAUGGCUUUGACUACUUUUGCCUUGAUACUGUACAUUUUACCUUAACAGAGCACUGUGAAACAGAAAUAUAGCUCAAUUUAUGCAUCGUACUGCUUUCAGAUAGCCUCCCGAUGUGUCCCAAUAACCAGUGCCGACUACCGUAUCGUUACGAGUCUGUAGCAGCAUUAAAAGCUCUCCUACCUCACCAUGCCAAAUACUUUGCUAACCUAGCCUUGGACAGUACAUUAGGCUACGAAGUGAUUAGAGAUGACUCGGUUACGGUAAGCUUUUAUAAUUUUCAAUUACUGUAAUUACUUUACUUCUUUGUAGUAGAUUAUGUUUUGACUUUCUUUUCCCAAAAUUCUAUGUGUCAUCACCUACUAUGACAUCACGCUUCAUACCAACAUUUCAGUCCAUUGACAUUCGCUUGCUGAAGCCAGCCAAACUUCGCUCCUUCGAGAUGAAGUGUAGCGUGUCGGAAGAGGACGAACAAGGCCCAUCCCUCCUCACGUUCACCAAGGACGGCACGUUGGGCGAGCUGCUACGGGAGGUGAGGAGAACGUUGAAGAUCCUCCCAACCGACAAAGUGUACGGCUACUUUGUGCGACGCGACGAAGCUGAUGACGAACAAUUGAUUGUGAACAACCAGACCAGCAGACGACUCGUCAGCGACUACAACUUUGACGUGGAGACACAUCUGAUCGUGGACGUGACCGGCAUCGUCAUGACCAAGAAGCAGAAGGCCGAAAGCGCCGCCAAACACAGGGGAAAGGGAUAA